AUGGCGGAUACCAAUCCCACUCUCCCCUCCAUUGAGGUACAGAACCUCUCGUACAAGUUCCAAGAUGGCUCUGAUGGCCUGGAAAAUAUAAAUUUGAGCCUACCAGCUGGAAGUCGCACCCUCUUGAUUGGCGCAAACGGAGCGGGGAAGACCACCCUCCUCCGCCUCCUAGCAGGGAAGCGCCUUGCACCCACGAACACCAUCGCCGUGGGCGGCAAGGACCCCUUCAAGGAUAGUCUGGACGGUGUGACCUACCUGGGAGUUGAAUGGGUGUUGAACAGCAUCGUGCGCACAGACAUCGACGUGCCGACACUGCUCGCCUCUGUCGGCGGAGAUGCCUAUCCAGAGCGCCGGGACGAGCUCAUUGAUAUCCUCGAUGUCGAUCUGCGCUGGCGUAUGCAUGCCGUCUCGGAUGGAGAACGCCGCCGCGUACAGCUGGCCAUGGGGUUGCUACGACCCUGGCAGGUUCUGCUGCUCGACGAGAUCACUGUCGACUUGGACCUUUUGUCCAGGAGCAAUUUCCUGGCUUUCCUAAAGCGGGAGACCGAGACCCGUGCUUGCACUAUUGUUUAUGCAACCCACAUCUUGGACAACCUCGCCCAGUGGCCUACCCAUCUGGUCCACAUGCACUUGGGCAAGGUCAAGGCACAGGGUAGUGUGGAGUCGUUCCAUGAACAAGUCCCCGAGUGGACCUCGGAGAAUAGUCGCCUUGGAGAGCUUGUCCUUAAGUGGCUCAAGGAAGAUAUGAAGCUCAGAGGUCCCCGGAAUAACCGUGGUAAUCAGGGCAAGACCUACCAGUCCCUUGAAGGUCUUGGAGGCUAUGGACUGGAAAAACACGAUUGA